UCCUUAUCUAUUAUUGCUAUUUUUAGCGUGCAGAUUCUACACAUUUUUAGUUUGCAAUUUUAACGUUGAAUUUAAAUUUAAAUUUUCAAAUCACAAUGGCCACUGAUAGCUUACCCAUCCUAAUUAAAAAACGCAGUGCUAUGAAAGCAAAGCUUACUCAUUUCAACAAUUACUUAAACAGUUUAGGAAGCACUAAAAAACUGUCCGAUAUGCAGCGUAUAGAUUUAGAGGGCCGAUUUAGUAAAUUUGAUGCCUUAUACGCUGACUUUGACGCAUUACAGCUCGACAUCGAGGUGCAGUCGGAUGCUCCGGACUCCGAGUACGAGGAACGCGCCCAGUUUGAGGAGCGGUACCACGCGCUGGCUGCGCAGGCACGCAGCUUGCUGGCCAGCGCGGGCUCCGGGGACAGCGAGUCAGUGACGAGUUCGGCGAGCAAAUCAGGUGCAUCGUUACACAAUAAUUUUAUUCGCUUACCUAAAAUUGAUUUGCCUAAUUUCAAUGGUAGUUAUCAGUGCUGGCUUGAGUAUAGAGAUACGUUUUUGUCACUAAUUCACAAUAGCAGUAGUAUUGACAACAUUAGUAAAUUCCACUACCUACGUGCAUCCCUGCAGGGGAAUGCACUCGAAAUUAUAAAGAACAUCGAUUUUAAUAGUGAUAAUUAUAAAAUGGCGUGGAAUUUACUGUGUGAGCGCUAUAACAACAGUAGGCUUUUAGUGAAUAAUCACGUGCAGGCAUUGUUCAAUGUUGGCAACGUCUCGAAAGAGUCGAGUGCUUCUUUGCGUCAUCUCAUUGAUACAAUUAAUAAAAACAUCAGAGCGCUAAAAACAUUGAACGAGCCCACGGAGUAUUGGGACACGCUUAUUGUUUACAUGAUGUCGAACAAAUUAGAUAUUGUAACUAGUCGAAAUUGGGAGGAAUAUCGUAGCACCUUACCUAAAUCCCCAUCUUUGUCUCAAUUUUGUCAGACAUUUUUAGCUAUCUUUUGA